UAGAGGACAGACACACAGAGAUGAAGGCCACAUGAUGACAGAGGCAGAGAUUGGGGAUGAUACAGCUGCAAGGCAAGGAAUGUCACAGAUUGCCAGCAACCCCCAGAAGCUAGAAAGCGGCAAGGAAGGGGCCCUAGCGCCUUCAGAGGGAGCAUGGCUCUGCCAACACCUUGAUAUCAGACCUCCAGCCUUCAGGACUAUGAAAGAAUAAGUUUCUGUCAUUAUAAACUGCCCUGUUUGUGGCAGUUGGUUUCGGCAGCCCUAGAAAACAAAUAUGCCUGGGAACACCAGGUUUGCUGAUUCUAAAGAUACCUCCUCUUCCUCAAAGGAUUUCAAGGCUGCCUGCUCUGUGGCUGUUGACACUGAAGGCCCUCACUCUUUCCAGUAUCUGAUUUGCCUGCUCUUGAGGAAAGCCAGUGAGAAGCAUUAGACAGGGGAAUGACACCAUCUAUCUGAGAAUUUUACUGUGUUAUUUCUGGAAAAAUAAGCAUAAACCAACAGGCUGAACUGGAAGAAAAUAACCCAAGGGGAUUUAAUCAAUGUAAUAAGAAACUGUCAGAAGACAGAGAGACCUGUAAAGAUAAGAACUUUCCACUAAAUGUGAACUAAGUCUGUGUAACCUUCAUGUUCCUAGAGCUCUUGGAAUUUAUUUUAAAAACCAAACUUUUUUUUUUUUUUUUUUUAAAGUAAGGCUAUAAAGCUCCAGGAGCACAGACAUUUUCAAGACUGCCAACUGGGAAAGUACUUUCAGGAUGAAACAGAUCGGUUUCCCUUAACAAGUAUUUUUAGUGGUUUUACUCUGCGUUCUGGUUGGGAAUAUUCCAGCAAUGUCACUUAGAAGUUGAAAGAGGACCCAGCUGCUUUGUCAGAAUGAUUCUUUGCCUGCCUUUUCCCUUCAAAAAUUUACCUUAGACUUUAUUCAUCUCUGUGAGUUGUCCCCAUUUGGGUGAUCCCUUUGUUCUCAGCAUAUGAUGGUAAGAAAAAGAUUCAGAUUCCAGCUUCACUGUGUUUUAGCUGCUGGGGUAUUUAGGCAAUGGAAGUAAGUUGAGACGAUUAAAUGAGAUAAUGCACAUAAAGCCCUUAUUGUAAAGGAAAUACUUAAAAAGUUGACUGAAUGGAGGAACUGGCGUUGUGGCACGACUAUGGGAACUCUUCAGGGAAAGAUCAACUGGCCCCAAACGGAACUGAAGCAGCAGCUGUUCAAGCACCUGUGGGUGUUGGACUGGGAGUGGCAUCUGGGGCAUUGGGUAGUCGGGGCUGUGACAGACCAAAGGCUUAUCACGCAGCACCACCUCAAGAAGCGGGCAUCCAGUGCACGUGCCAACAUUACUCUGUCGAGUAAGAAGCUCAGAAAGCUUCUCCAGCAGAUCCAGCUUGCCCAGAAAGAGAAGGCAUUCACAGAAGCGGAAACCCCCUCCAAGCCUGCCAGGACUAGUGAACCACAACUCAAAGGUCAAAAGAAGACAAAAGCCCCCUAGGAUGUAGAAAUGAAGGCCCCUGAAGAGGAGAGCUAAACCUCUUCCUCUAGAAGAUUCUCAACUGGAUCUAGAAGGACUCAGUGGUUGUUUCAGAGGACUUUGGCAAAAGCAGCGCCCCCUUUCGCUCACCAGAUUUCUUCCUCCCUAAUCCUCCUCCGGAAAAAUGUCUUUGGGAGGGAAGAAGGUACAGAAUAAAGAGUGGAGAAGGGCCUCUCUAGCAGUCAAUUUCAUUUGUAAUAACGCCCUAGCACUCUCAAAAAAAAAGCUGACUGAUUAAUUAAUUCAUCAUUCAACAACUGUG